GUCAUCAUACGACGUUAUUUGUGAAACAGACUUGACCGAAGAAGACGGAACCAGUGUUCGCUGAGCCUUGACAAAAUGUCGACAAAUUUCUUCUUAAUAUUCGCGGUGUUAUCCGCACUCAACUUUGUAUUUGCGAAUGUCGCUGUGUUUAAAAAAUGUGAUGAGGUGACCAUGUGUGAUAUAAGCGAAGUCCGGAUCGACCCGUGCACCAAUCCAAAAAAAUGUUCGCUGAAAAAAGGAUCGACAUCCACCAUAUCGUUUGACUUCACACCUAAAUUUUCGAGCGACAAGAUGUUGACUGGUCUGUUUUGGGCAAGUGACACUGGAGACGUCUCGUUCCCGGACCUUGAGAGGGCGAACGCUUGUAAUUUCACCACCUGUCCGCUGGAGGCCGAGAAGGAAAAUCAACUGAAUUACGGUCUAGUAUUGGGGAAGAAACUACCAAAUGGUAUUUUUGACAUUAAAUGGAAGCUAUGGAACCCAGACAAUGAAAAGGAGUUGUGCUGUUUCGUUACAAAAAUAGAACUUAGAAAAAAUAAUAUCAUUAACGAGACUUAUUCGUGUCAAAACGGUCGGACAACUGUUCCAUUUAUUAAUUGUUUUCUAAAGACAAUGGACGUGCGAUUAGUCAUAUUUUUCGCUUUUUAUAUUUGCGUUAAUUGUGAAUAUGUUAAUAGAAAGUUUUGUAAGGACGUUAAUCUAAACAAAUGCAACAUACACAGUAUGAAAUUGGAUCCCUGUCCAGAUGCUCCAGGGUUCUGUCUGAUAAGACGAGAUGAGCCGUACUCACUGGCAUUUGAUUUCACCCCACAUUUCGAAGCGGAGAAGCUAAAGUUCUCGAUCUUCAGUGAUGAAACGAACUCGGGAACAUUCGAUACUAUGGUGACGCCCCCUACAAAUGCUUGCGAACAUGUCUCAUGUCCUCUCGAAAAUAAUGUGAGACAAGUAUUUGAUAUCGACUUUGUUUAUACAAGGAAAGCUCAUGGUAAAUUCCCACUUGAGAUGAGAUUGUGGAACGAAAAAGACGAUUCUGAAGCUUGCUGUCUAACUUUUAAUGUUCAAAUGUUGAAAUAAAUCUAUCGUAUUGCUUA